AAAAUAAAAAAAUAGAGACGCUGUGCGCUCUAAAAAAUAAAUAAAUAAAAUAAAGAAAUAUAUGGAGGGUGAGUACUAGUAGUUCCAAAAGUGGACAUUCUGGAGCUGGACUCCCCAAACAUUCAACAACGUGAUACAUUUCAUUAGCCACAUUUACACCUGUCAAUUUCUACAAACAGUCAGACAAAUCUUUUUGUUGCUUUAUUGGCAUUGUACCUUUUUUCUCUUUCUUGUACAAAAUUCUCCUAAAUUCAUGGCGUCUUCCAGCUCCGGCAACUCUGUUCCUGCCGCCGGUAACACCCUUUUCCAUAUAUACAAAUAUCUAAGUUAAGUUAAAGAUUCAAUCUUUGUGGGAUUUGAUUUAUUUAUUGUUACUUUUGGGUUGAUGGGGUUGUGCUAAAUUCGAGGCAAUGCAAGUUAAAAAUUCUAUCUUUUUGGUUUUGGGUUUGAUGGGGUUGUGCUAUAUAAGUUGGUAAUUAAGUUAAAGAUUCAAUCUUUUUUGAGUUUUGAUUUGCUUAUUGUUACUUUUGGGUUGAUGGGGUUGUGUUAUUAUAGAGGUAGUUUAAGUUGAAAGUUUAAUGUUUUUGGGAUUUGUUUUGCUUAUUUGUCGUUUUGGGUUUUGGGUUGAUGGGGUUGUGCAUUUUAAGUAAAAUUCAAUCUUGUUGGGAUUUAAUUUACUUAUUUUUUCUUUUGGGUUGAUGGGGUUGUGUUAUUAUAGAGGUAGUUUAAGUUGAAAGUUCAAUCUUUUUGGGAUUUGUUUUGCUUAUUUGUCGUUUUGGGUUGAUGGGGUUGUGCAUUUUAAGUAAAAUUCAAUCUUGUUGGGAUUUAAUUUACUUAUUUGUUCUUUUGGGUUGAUGGGGUUGUGCUAUAUUGUGGCAAUUCAAGUUAAAGAUUCAGUCUUUUGGGAUUUAAUUUACUUACUUUUCACUUUUGGAUUGUAGGGGUUGUGCUUUGUUGAGGCAAUUCAAGUUAAAAAUUCAAUCUUAUUUGGUUAUGGAUUGAUUUAUUUAUAGUCAUGAAAAAUAAGUGUGUCCCUUAACUUGGCCAUAGCUGGCAUCGAUGCCCUCCAACUUUGGAUUUGCACAAGUAGGCACUUAAAUUUGAACAAGUGGACACGCACGUCCUUUGUGACAUAAUUCACUUGGGAUACGACAUAGGAUGCAAAUUAGCCAUGCAGGACACAUGUGUCUACUUGUUGUAUCUUUGUACAAGUUUAAAUGUCUACUCGUGCACACCCAAAGUAAGAGGGCAUAAAUGUCAGCGGAGGCCAAGUUAAAGGCACGUUUAUGUAUUAUGCCUUAUUUUUACUUUUGGGUUGAUGGGGUUGUGCUAUAUUGAGGCAUUUCAAGUUAAAAUUUCAAUCUUUUUAUUUUUAGAUUGAUUUGUUUGUUCCUUUGGGUUGUUGGGGUUGUGCUAAUAUAGAGGCAUUUUAAGUAAAGCUUCAAUCUUUUUGGUUUUGGAUUGAUUUAUUGUUCUUUUGGGUUGUGCCAUAUUGAGGCAAUUCAAAUUAAAAUUCAAUCUUUUUGGUGUACCGGGGACAUGGCAUUAGAUAGGAAAAUUUGGAGGCCACAUAUUAGGAUGGAAGGUUAGUUGGUAGUUGAACGUUUUCUCACUUCCCUGCGGGAUAGGCUUGGUGGUCAUUCUUGGACCUCCCUUCUUACCGAGGCAGUUCAAGUUCUGGUGUCUUCAUUGGCGGAUGAUUCACCUAUUGUACGAGAAGCAUCAAUGGCUGCUCUGAAGGAGAUAACUUUUAUAAAUCCACUUUUGGUUCUUGAUUGUUGCUUAACAGUAUCAAGAGGUGGACGACGGAGGUUUGGAAAUAUAGCUGGUUUGUUUCAAGUGAUGUCAGUGGCAAUUCAGGCUUUGGAUAAGGGAGAUGUUGAUAAUAAUUAUCUUGCAAAGUUGGCCAAAAUUGCCACUUCUGAGGUGAUCUCAACCAAGGAACUUAAUGCUGACUGGCAAAGAGCUGCAGCUGGUGUACUUGUAUCAAUUGGUUCACAUAUGCCUGAUCUGAUGAUGGAAGAAAUAUUCCUCCAUCUCUCAGGGGCAAAUUCAGCUCUUCCAGCCAUGGUUCAAAUUCUUGCAGAUUUUGCAUCAUCUGAUGCUUUGCAGUUUACUCCUCACCUUAAGGGUGUACUGGCACGAGUGGUGCCCAUUCUUGGAAAUGUAAGGGACAUCCACCGGCCAAUUUUUGCAAAUGCAUUCAAAUGUUGGUGCCAAGCUUUCUGGCAGUGCAGUGUAGACUUUCCUCUGUCUUCAGUUAUAGAUUCUGAUAUCAUGUUUUUCUUGAAUUCUGCAUUUGAACUAUUAUUGCGAGUUUGGGCAAUUUCACGAGAUCUGAAGGUUCGCUUAUCUUCAGUGGAAGCAUUAGGACAGAUGGUUGGUCUUAUUACCAGAACACAGCUGAAGGCAGCUUUGCCACGACUUAUUCCAACUAUAUUGGAACUGUACAAGAGGGAUCAAGAUGAUGUGGCCUUUGUGGCCACUUGUAGCCUCCAUAAUCUAUUAAACGCCUCAUUACUCUCGGAAUAUGGUCCACCGUUACUUGAUUUUGAGGACCUUACUGUCAUAUUGUCAACUCUUCUUCCUGUGGUUUGUAGAAGCAGUGACAAAAAAGAGCAUUUGAAUUUCUCAGCUGGGCUGAAGACUUAUAAUGAAGUUCAGCAUUGUUUCCUAACAGUUGGUCUGGUGUACCCGGAGGAAUUGUUUGUCUUCCUUCUCAAUAAAUGCAAGUUGAAAGAAGAACCACUGGCAGUUGGUGCACUUAGUGUAUUAAAGCAUUUACUACCCAGGUUGUCUGUAGCUUGGCAUAGUAAGAGGCCUUUACUAAUUGAAGUUGUGAAGCUGUUAUUGGAUGAGCCUAAUUUAGGGGUCUGUAAGGCCCUUGCUGAGCUAAUUGUGGUUAUGGCUUCCCACUGUUACUUGGUUGGUCCUUCUGGGGAGUUGUUCAUUGAAUAUCUUGUUCGCCACUCUGCAAUGUUUGGUCUGCAGAGAGAUGAUACUGAGAGAUCCAGGGAAUCGAACUCGUCAACCGGUGGUUAUUACCCUUUUGUGUACAAGAAAGUGGAGAUGAAAAUGGAUGCUGCUACACUGUCAGAAUUGAGGGCAAUCUGUGAAAAGGGUCUUCUUCUAAUAACUGUUACUGUCCCUGAGAUGGAGCAUGUUUUAUGGCCAUUUUUGUUAAAGAUGAUCAUUCCACGAGUUUACACCGGUGCAGUUGCCACGGUCUGCAAAUGCAUAUCAGAAUUGUGCAGGCGUAGAUCCUCUCAAAGUGGUGGAGUUGCUUUGGAAUGUAAAGCUCGUGCCGAUCUUCCUCAUCCUGAGGAGCUUUUUGCACGCCUGGUUGUUCUUCUCCAUAAUCCUCUGGCUAGGGAGCAGUUGGCAACCCAUAUUCUAACCGUCUUAUGUUAUCUGGCACCACUCUUUCCAAAGAACAUUAACAUGUUUUGGCAAGAUGAGAUUCCGAAGAUGAAGGCGUACGUCAGUGAUACGGAAGACUUAAAGCAGGAUCCAUCAUAUCAGGAGUCUUGGGAUGACAUGAUCAUCAAUUUUAUUGCAGAGUCUUUGGAUGUAAUUCAGGAUGUUGACUGGGUUAUAUCACUUGGAAAUGCAUUUGAAAAGCAUUAUGAGCUUUAUAAACCUGAUGACGAGCACGCUGCAUUGCUUCAUCGAUGUCUUGGAAUUUUGCUGCAGAAGGUUCAUGCCAGAGCUUAUGUUCGCGCUAAGAUUGAUCUAAUGUAUAAACAAGCCAAUAUUACGAUUCCAACGAAUCGACUUGGUUUAGCAAAAGCCAUGGGAUUGGUGGCUGCAUCACACCUAGACACAGUUCUCGAUAAGCUGAAAAACAUCUUGGACAAUGUUGGGCAAAGUUUCUUUCAAAGAUUUCUAUCAUUUUUCUCGGAUAAAGCUAAAAUGGAAGAAUCUGAUGAUAUCCAUGCUGCUCUGGCGCUGAUGUAUGGAUAUGCUGCAAAAUAUGCUCCCUCAACUGUUAUUGAAGCCAGAAUAGAUGCACUAGUGGGGACCCAUAUGCUGUCACGACUUCUUCAUGUACGCCACCCUACAGCAAAGCAGGCCGUCAUCACAGCGAUUGAUUUAUUAGGUCAGGCAGUUAUAAAUGCAUCUGAAAGUGGUAUAUCAUUCCCGCUGAAAAGAAGAGACCUGUUACUUGACUAUAUAUUAACAUUAAUGGGCAGAGAUGAGGAAGAUGGAUUUUCUGAAUCCAACAUUGAGCAUCUGCGUACUCAGUCGCUUGCUUUAAGUGCCUGCACUACUCUGGUUUCUGUAGAGCCAAAAUUGACUGUUGAAACAAGAAACCUUGUUAUGAAGGCCACUAUUGGAUUUUUUGGUUUCCCGAAUGAGCCUGCUGAUGUUAUUGACCCGCUUAUUAGCAACCUGAUUACUCUUUUAUGUACAAUACUUAUUACAAGUGGAGAGGAUGGAAGAAGUCGAGCAGAGCAAUUAUUGCACAUAUUGCGGAAGGUCGAUCAGUAUGUUUCCUCUUCAUUGGACUACCAAAGGAAAAGAGGUUGUCUUGCAGCUAAUGAGCUACUUCUCAAGUUUCGGAUGAUCUGUACCAGUGGAUACUGUGCACUAGGCUGUCGAGGAACUUGUACUCACCGAGAGAAAUCUGACCUGCAUCCCACCUUAUCGAAUUUGCCUUCUGCAUUUGCUUUACCAAGCCGUGACGCUUUGCGCUUGGGAGAUCGUACAAUGAUAUAUCUUCCGCGGUGUGUAGAUACAAAUUCUGAAGUUCGAAAAGUUUCUGUUCAGAUCCUUCAUCUGUAUUUCAGUAUAUCUCUAUCACUUCCAAGGCCGGUAAACUCUAGUGCUAGCAAUGACAUUGAGUUAUCCUAUAGUGCUUUGUCUUCCCUUGAAGAUGUUAUGGCUAUCCUACGUAGUGAUGCUUCGAUUGAUCCAUCAGAGGUGUUUAACAGGGUUGUUUCAUCUGUUUGCAUCUUGCUGACAAAGGAUGAGCUUGCUGCAGCUCUGCAUGGUUGCUCAGGUGCUAUAUGUGACAAGAUCAAGCAAUCUGCAGAAGGUGCAAUCCAAGCAGUUAACGAGUUUGUUACAGAGAGAGGCAAUGAGCUGAAUGAGACAGAUAUUGCAAGAACAACACAAUCACUGCUCUCUGCGGUAAUUCAUGUGAAGGAGAAGUAUUUACGGCAGGAAGCUCUUGGUGCUAUAUGUUCCCUUGCCGAGAACACAAGUUCAAGAGUUGUUUUCAAUGAAGUUUUAGUUGCUGCAAGAAGGGACAUAGCCACAAAAGAUAUAUCUAGAUUACGGGGCGGGUGGCCAAUGCAGGAUGCCUUCCAUGUAUUCUCACAGCAUUCAGUACUUUCAUGCUUGUUUCUGGAUCAUGUUAUGUCUGUCAUCAAUCAGAUGCCUACUCUCGGAGAGAAUCCGAGUCAAGAUGAAAGUUCUAGCCAUGCAGUUGAUAGUAUUUUAGAAGAUAAUAUUGCAAGAGCAGCUAUUGUUGCUCUUACUGCUUUUUUCAGGGGUGGUGGUAAAGUUGGUAAAAAAGCAGUUGAACAAAGUUAUGCUUCUGUUCUUGCAACACUAACGCUUCAAUUGGGCAGCUGUCAUGGCUUAGCUAGUACCGGUGAACUAGAACCACUGCGUGCACUACUGGCUGCAUUUCAAGCAUUCUGUGAAUGUGUUGGUGAUCUGGAAAUGGGAAAGAUUCUUGCACGAGAUGGAGAACAAAGUGAAAAUGAGAAGUGGAUCAACCUUAUAAGAGAUCUGGCUGGCUCUCUUUCUAUAAAAAGACCAAAAGAGGUCCCAUCCAUAUGUUUGAUACUGAGCAAAGCACUGGAUCGAUCUUUGAGAUUUCAACGGGAAUCAGCUGCUGCGGCUUUAUCAGAGUUCUUGCGCCACAGUGAUGGCUUUGGUCCCCUAUUAGAAGAGAUGGUGCAAGCACUUUGCCGGCAUGUAUCGGACGAUUCUCCUACUGUUAGGCGCCUUUGUCUAAGAGGGCUUGUCCAGAUGCCAUCUAUCCAUGUUCUCCAGUAUACUACUCAAAUCCUAGGCGUGAUAUUAGCUUUGCUCGAUGACUUAGAUGAGUCGGUUCAAUUAACCGCAGUCUCAUGUUUGCUGAUGGUCCUUGAGUCCUCAUCCAGGGAUGCCGUAGAACCUGUUCUCUUGAACCUUUCUAUAAGGCUUCGGAAUCUCCAAGAGUGCAUGAAUGAGAAGAUACGGGCCAAUGCUUAUGCUGCAUUUGGAGCACUGAGCACCUAUGGAACUGGGUCUCAACGAGACUCAUUUCUGGAGCAGGCUCAUGCUGCUUUCCCUCGGAUGGUUUUACAUCUUCAUGAGGAUGAUCUUAGUGUGAGACAAGCUUGCCGAAAUACUUUGAAAUGCAUUGCUCCCUUGAUGGAGAUUGAUGGAAUAACUGCUGUUUUCAACACUCAUUGGUUUACUUCGGACCACCGAGGUGACUAUGAAGACUUCCUUCGGGAACUUGCAAAGCAGCUAACCCAAAAUCUUGCUGCCCGAGUUGAUAGGUACAUGGCAUCGAUAAUACAGGCAUUUGAUGCUCCUUGGCCCGCUGUCCAGGCAAACGCAGUUUAUUUAUGCAGCAGCGUGCUUGCUCUCUCCGAUGAUAAACACAUAUCAUCCCAUUAUUACAAUCAGGUUUUUGAGAUGCUAGUUGGCAAAAUGAGCCGUUCGACGGAUGCAAUCGUUAGAGCAACAUGUUCUUCAGCCCUAGGCUUGUUGCUCAAAUCAUCAAACGCAAACUCAUGGGAAGAUGUUCGACUUGAUCGAGCUGAUUCAUCGCAUAGGGGACACGAACCGUAAUCUGGUAGGAGAUCAUGACUCUGAUGAUUAGCGUAACCUACACACGAAAACACGAUAUCGAUCCAUGUUGUACAGCUCCAAAUAUGUGUGUUUCUGUAAGGCUCCAUUCUUUUUUGUGUAUAAUAGUGUUGUAUAGAAUGUUUAGCUUGUUAUAUCUUAUGUAACAUAGUACCCCAACUGUUUUAUAAAUCCUUGUAAAGUAAUUUUCUCUGAUAUCUUAUGUUUAAUAUUUACAUCUAUUUAUUAUGUAAAGGGUUCAAAAUCUAUGAUACAAUGCAUUAACAAUUGAAAAUUUGAUUUUU